GCGUCAGUCAGCUGCUGUCAUUUGUCAAUAAUCACAGUCGAAGGCCGUGCUCUCGAGAUUUCCACUUGAGGAGUGAUCCCCGUGACUUGUGGAUUAGCUAGUUUAGUGUGUGGUGGUGCGUGACGUGCGGUGAUGGGGAACCAUCACAGCCACGAGCCCAAAGAGGGCGGCGGCAGCGGGCUCAGCACGCCGCGCGCGGGCUCGCGGCGAGGGACCACUCCGCGGGGCUCCAACGCUGGCAGCGAGCAUGACAAGUCAGAGAAGCCAGAGAAGCCCGCACCCACGUCUAUGGUGCCCGUGGAGAAGCUGGCUAAGCUCCUCACGCAGCGCUCACAGAAGGAAGAUGGUAUCAACGGCAUCACAGAGAAAUCUUUCACUAAGUACCUGUUCCCGGUGUACCCGGAGCUGGCGCGCGCGUUCUACCGCGCCGUGCACCGCGCCGCGCGCUGCAAGAACCAGCACGUGCCCGCCGCCGCCUUCCGCGCGCACUGCGAGCGCGUGCUGGCCAUGCUGGACGACACCGACAUCGUCGACACAUACGUCAGGAUGUUCGCGUUGGAGGAUGACGAGAACACGGUGACCCCGGACGGGCUGCGCAGCCUGCUGCACACGAGCUACAAGCUGUCCAUGGACCACUACCCGGAGGGGCCGCAGACCUGCCUGCAGAUCAACAACACGUUAUCGGCCGUGGUGAACGGCUGCUUCAACAAGAAGGACACUCACAGCGUCGGCUUCGUGGUUCGCUGGCUGAUGGAGCACUGUCAUCGGCUCAUAUUCCCCAUACACAGGCGGCCUAGCCUCCAAAGCAUGGCUGGCCCGGCUGGUGUGCGCGGUGCCCGUGCACUGGGUGCCGCUGUACAACUCGCGCGAGCACGGGCUGGGCGCCAACCGCUUCCUGCAUCACACGCUGGCCUACCGCGGGCCCACGCUGGUGCUGCUGCAUGCGCAGGAGCUGCUCGUGGCGCUGUGCGCGCCCUGCGAGUGGCGCGAGACGCACCAGUACUGGGGCGGGCCCGAGGCCGCGCUCAUACAGCUGCAGCCUACGUUCGCGGUAGUGGAGCAGGGCCCGAAGAUGAUCUACCUGAACACGUCAAUCCGCGGCUACCCGAAGGGGCUCCGCGGAGGUUCCGACCCGCGCAAGCCGCUGCUGACCGUGCCCGAGGACUUCGACACUCUUACAUUCAAGAGCGUGCCCUAUGCGCUCACCAAUAUCGAGGUGUGGGGCUGCGGCGACCAGGCGUCCCGCGAGACGCAGCUGGAGAUCAAGAAGUGGCAGGUGCGGGAGGCGGAGAGGCAAAGACAGGUGAAGCUGUCGGCCGCGGACUGGAUCGAGCACCCCGACCGCUACCUGCUGGAGCUGGCCGGCCGCCCGCAGUACAACAACUCCGCCAGCUAGCGCGCAGCAGCAGCAGCGGCAGCAGCCGCAGCAGCCGCAGCAGCCGUCACCGGGUGACGUCACCUGUCCCAGGUCGGGCGGCCCCACAGCAGCCGCGUGACGUCAUCACCCCCGACUUCCAUCACCCACACCGUGCACUCACUGACAACACUAUUUAAGUUCUCUCAUAAAAGCGCUAAGAGUGGGUUUUCACCAAAGCAGAGGACACGUGCGGAAUCGACCAAUCACAGUGUGCGAGAGAGAGAAAGAAGACGCUCUGUCGCUCUCUCCCUCGCGAUGAUUGGUUGAUUCCUGCACAACUCUAUUCGACUUAGCUUCUCUCCGCCUUAGCCGAAAAUCACAAGUAGAGGUGUUUUCUUAUAGAUUACUUCAUAUUCACAUUAACAACAUCACAUAAGCUCAGGAUUUCCCAGGCUAAUCAAGAAUACCCAUCGCAGAAUGGAGUAAGUACGCUUCACCGAGCAUGUUGAUAGACAGAGGUGGUAGGUGGUGAGCCAUAUUGCCGUUACUUUCGCAUUUUCAAUCAUUAUUUUCUUCUAUUUGUCUUUCUUAUAUUAUUUUCUUUAAAAAAAAAUACUAAAAACUUGAGUAAAGUAAAAUAACUAUAUAAGUAAAUUGAAGUGUGAAAAGUAAAAACUAUAACUUCGUCUUUUGAGUGUGCGAGUGAAUAAAAUGUCGGGAUUAAAAGAUUCGUUUAGCUUGGCGAUACAUUGCGCAUUUACGACGUCGUGUGUCAGUGAGUCACUAAGUGAACGAGCAAUGGACUGUGAAUUAGAAUAUUUUUCACCGCACAAUAAUUUUAAAUACUUUAUAACGUAAGUAUAUACAUAUUUUGUCAAAUUAUCAAUCACUUUUUUUUAUAUGUGUUCACUGUACUUACCUUAUUUGUACUUAUCAAUGAACGAAAUACUUAAGAAUAAAAAUGAUAGUAAUGAAUCAAUAAAUAGUAUUUUAAGUAUACUUUUAUUAUUAAGCAAUUGAAGCUGCUAAUCCGUUGUUAACUAUAGUAUAGAUAUCAAGUGGAAUUUCCUGUCGGAGAAGUCAUGAAAAUUUUAGAGCUUAUUUAAAUUAUUUUCCGUUCCAUACUUUUGCGACGGAAAAUUCCACUUGAUAUUAAGUCAGAAUCAUGGUCUGAAUCAUCCCUCUUGAGUAUUUGUUACGAUGUCACUAACACCCUGUAUAUAAGUAUAUUUACGUAAAUCAUACCUCUGAAACCAUUUUGUAACAUUUAUUUUCUUUUAACUUUUAUGUAGCAUGAUUUUGUAUUGUCUAUGAAUCAGUUCAUACGUGUUUUGAUGUCUUUACAAUAUCCAAUUGCGUUUGAUUUGUUCAUUGAUUUUGAUCUAAUUCAUUACCAUUAUUAAUUCAUCGAUUCAAAUGUUUUGGUCUCAACUUCUCAAGUAUGCUGAUGUGAUAAGUAAUCGAUGAAUUAUUAUAUCAUGAUUUAUUUUCCCUGUUUGUUGUGUUAAAAAUAAUAUUGUAACUUGAUCUUUGCACAAAGUGAUAUAAAUGGACGGGUCUUACACAACAUCAUAGGUUUUUAAACAAAUUGACUAAAACAGAGAUAAUGCGUAUAAAUCCUUCGUAAAAUGGUGCAAACACGUAUUACUUUUAGUUGCAAGUUUUUUUUUUAUGUUUGAUACAUGCAUGAAACAAUUUUCAAACUGAAUGAUGUAUAAAAACUUUGUAAAUUAUAACUUUCGUAGGAGUUUCUCUGUUACCUAGCCAUGGUAUAUAUUAGCCUGUAUAUAUACAUUGUGUUAGUGACAUCGCAACGAAUACUGAGGGGGAUGAUUCAGACCAUGAUUCUGAAUUGAUAGCUAGUGGAAUUUCCUGUCGGAAAAUUCGUGAAAUUUUUGUAUUUUUUUUUUAAUUAUUUCAGUUCGAUAUUUUUGCGACGGAAAAUUCCAGUUUCAUCAUUCCAGAAUCAUGGCCUGAAUCAUCCCUCAAAGUUUUCGUUACGAUGACACUGACACCCUGUAUAAUUAUUAUAUUGUCGUGUAAGGGCUGUCCAUUCAUUUGCUUUGAUCUUAGACCAGGAUAUUACAAGUCGAAGGUAAUUAACGAUAGGAUAGUGUCAGUAGUUGCUCAAUUGUCACAAUUCCAUUUGGGCAUAGGUUAAUACGUAUAGUAAUAAUAUGGGGCCUUUGUAUGGGGUUGCACAAACUAGUGCUAUCGCAUUCCUUCUUGCGAAGUUACUGCUUGAUGCGAGUGAGUAGACUGCAUAGUAGACAACAUAAAUUAAAUUAACAAAUAGUUAUUUAAAACUGUUUCCUUUUCCAAAGCAAAAAAGCGACUUAGAACGCCAAAUAAAUGAAAUUAAAGUUACAAAGGUCACGUUAUGUGAUAUUUGUCUAAUUAUAAAAUAUGAAGAUAGAGGUUAGGAUGUGCAUAGAACUAUCAAGUAGUAGGGUACUAUGUUGUUAAGCUGUUUAUUACGUAACUGUGCGCGACCCUAUGAAAAAGUUCCCUAAUAAUGCGAUGCUUUAAGAGUAAGUUCAAAAGCACCCUUACUUUAGUGAACUUAAACUACACUAAUUAUAACCCUUGUUGCUAAUGUCUGUUCCUAGAUAUAGUAAGCCAUAUCGCGAGUCAACUAGCUAGAGUAAGUAAACAAGUCGAAUGAUGUACGUGGUUCACCAGUUUGUAAAGAUUCACUUAAUUACAUGACAUUGUUGUAUGUUUAUGUAGGUGCGGUGCGUCUGGGUGGGUGUUCAGGAAUGUAUCCUAACAUAACUUUGUUUCUGGAUAUUUCAAAAAUGUUGCAGAAUGUUACAAUAAAUUUCAGAUAAUUUUAAUAAAAUCUGAGUAUGUAUGUUCCUAUCUAGUGAAAGGCGUCUGAAAAUAUAUUACAACAUUUAGAAUUAUUUUUAGAUAAAAUUGUAUGUAAGUAUAAGCAAAAAUAUUAGCUUAACGAUAUUAUGGAAUACAUUUCCAAACAUAGGUCUAGAAUUAUUCCGCUGUUACGCGGAGUAUGUUUCAUGUUUGGAGCACAUUCUGAACACUGCUAGUGGGGAUUAUUGUUGGAACUAUUUACUUUCGAGUGUGGACCAAAUUGUUGUUAUGUACUUACGUAUUUAUAGUAGUUGUGUUCAGUAAUGAGUGGAGGCAAGUUACAUCGCUUUACUAUAGACAGUCAUAGGAUAAGUGCGCUUACUGAGGUGCUACAGAUCGCUUACGUUCACUAAGAUAAAGCUGUACUUUAUUAUUGUACAAAAAUAAA